AUGAGGAAGCCACGAGCAACUGGGAGAAGUCACAGGAAGAAAGCAUCUAGUCCAGAGGGAGGAGAGAAAUGUGUCCUAAGCAGCAUCCAGGCCAAACCUUCUGUCAUUGAUGGUGAGGAGCCUGGUCCUGAUGGAGGACUCAGGGGGCUAGCCAGGCACCAGGAAAAAGUGAUACUGCAGGCCUCUGUCUCCUCGCACCAUCUAUUCAGAGACACAGCUGAGGUUACAGCCUUUCGGAGGAGCCUGCUGAGCUGGUAUGACAGAGAGAAACGUGACCUACCCUGGAGAAAGCGGGCAGAUAAUGAAGUAGACCUGGAUAGGCGGGCAUAUGCUGUGUGGGUUUCAGAGGUUAUGCUGCAGCAGACCCAGGUUGCCACGGUGAUUGACUACUAUACUCGAUGGAUGCAGAAGUGGCCAACACUGCAGGACCUGGCCUGUGCUUCCCUGGAGGAAGUGAACCAGCUCUGGGCUGGCCUGGGUUACUACUCUCGGGGCCGGCGGCUACAGGAGGGAGCCCGGAAGGUGGUCGAGGAGCUAGGGGGCUACAUGCCACGUACAGCAGAGACUCUGCAGCAGUUAUUGCCUGGCGUGGGGCGGUACACAGCUGGAGCCAUUGCUUCUAUCGCCUUUGGCCAGGCAACUGGUGUAGUGGAUGGGAAUGUAGUGCGGGUGCUGUGCCGUGUCCGGGCAAUUGGUGCCGACCCCAGCAGCACCCUCGUCUCCCAGCAACUCUGGAGCUUAGCCCAACAGCUGGUAGACCCAGCUCGGCCAGGGGACUUCAACCAAGCUGCCAUGGAACUGGGAGCCACCAUAUGCACCCCACAGCGUCCACUUUGCAGCCAGUGCCCUGUGCAGACUCUAUGCUGGGCACGUCAGAGGGUGGAACGGGAGGAACUCUCAGUCUCUGGAAGCCUACCACACAGCCCUGAUGUGGAGGAGUGUGCUCCCAACACCGGACAGUGCCAGUUGUGCCUGCCACCCACAGAGCCCUGGGACCAGGCCCUGGGAGUGACCAACUUUCCCCGAAAGGCCAGCCGCAAGCCCCGCAGGGAGGAAUAUUCUGCCACCUGUGUUCUGGAGCAGCCUGGGGCCCUUGGAGGUGCUCGACUUCUGUUGGUGCAGAGGCCCAGCUCAGGUUUGCUGGCAGGACUGUGGGAGUUCCCGUCUGUGGCUACAGAGCUCUCAGGGCAGGGCCAGCGCAAGGCCCUACUCCAGGAGCUGCAGACUUGGGCUGGGCCCCUCCAAACUACCCGCCUCCAGCACCUUGGAGAGGUCGUCCACAUCUUCUCUCACAUCAAGAUGACCUAUCAAGUAUAUGGUCUGGCCCUGGAAGGGCAGACCCCAGUGACCACCACACUACCGCGUGCACGCUGGCUCACCCGGGAGGAGUUCCACACUGCAGCUGUCUCCACGGCCAUGAAGAAGGUUUUCCGGGUGUACGAAGGCCAACAGCCAGGGACCUGCAAGGGUUUCAAAAGGUCCCAGAUGUCUGUCUCAUCCAGCCGGAAAAAGCUCAGCCCAGGCCAGCAAGUCCUGGAUCGUUUCUUCCAAUCACAUGUCCCCACUGAUGUACCCAGCCUCAACAGUGCAGCUCAAUGA